UCGAGAUGCAUAGAGCUUAGGUUAUGCUAAUUAUUAUGCUAAUUAUUAUGAAAAACAAAAGGGACCCGUAUAAAAGCAUGGUUUUUGGGGUCUUUUGAGAUUGAGCACGAUUCAUGUAUAGUGGUGUAUUUUUUGUACAUGGAUGUUUAUAUUUAGUGGCCAAAUUACGAGAACCGUACGUUUGACGCAUUGCAUUGAAAUAAAGACUUAUCUGUAUACCGGUCGUCGUUUUAAUAGUAGUUUAUGUACGAGUAUCUUGCUGGUCACAUAAGCCUGGAAUUGUUGAAGCUUAUAUAGUUCUCGUAAUUGUUGUUUAAUCGAUCAGCAAUGACUCAGAAACGAAAGGGUCAAGGUAAAAAGUCGAAAAUUAAAGGCUUAUCAAAACGCGUACUUCAGCCGUCUGGCGAACAGUUAAGUCCUCCAGGUCAAGUGAGUCGAGCUAAAUCUGGAGAGAAUUCGCUUAACAAUACGAAUCAAGACAUGAUUGAAUCCGCUGAAGAUGACGGUAGCGAGCGAGCUGAAAGCGGACCGAACGUCGUCGUACAAAACAAGCAAGUUGUCGUUUCUGACGAGGCUUCGACGAGUUUGGGUUCGCCGGAGCGAGUAGCAGACGAACAGGAACAGGAGCUUGAACUUGGUCUAAGUCAGGUCGCUUCAUUUUUGAAGGAUAAUUCGGUUUUAUCGCCUCUUGCUCCUGUAUUCCAGUCCAAUUCUAAUAUCGGUAAACAAGCAGCUUCUCACGUGAACGUCACGCGGACUGCUCGUGCGUGGGAAAAGCCGACGCAAACAACAAAUUUUGAAGACAACGGGGCUGGAGUAACGAGCGCGCUUGAUUCAAAAUGGGCAGAACGGUUUCGUGAACUUGAAGAAUUGGAAAUUAAUAGAAGAGAAGAGCUGAACAAGCAGAUGAGGGAGGCAAGGCUUAAACUAGAGAAAGAAAUGCAUCAGGCGAGAAUUGAGCAUGAGAUGGCUAUGAAGAAACGGGAAAUACAACGACGUCGAGAUGAGCUUCGGAAGCUUGAAGAAGAAGUUUUUGGUAAUGAUAUUGAACAUCAACUGUCGGACAGGGAAAGUAGUAACGCUCGUGAACCAGAUAAAAACCCAGUCCAGCAACCUUCAACUCCAAUCGACAGAAGCAGUUUAAGUCAGCGCUUGGCGAUACCUCCUACCGGAAAUUGUGUACCCCAAGAAAGUAUAAUAACCAGUGGAACUGGAUGUCAAACUCAGCAAAGCUUGCAACGAGACAAUUCGUCGCAGUUACAAUAUCUAUUAGAGAAGCAGCAGAUUACGAUGGACGAAGUAGUGAAGGGAUUAAGAAUGCCUCAAAGGGAAUACAUGAGUUUUGAUGGCGAACCUCGCAACUUUCCGUUGUUCAUGAAGAAUUUUGAAGUGAAUGUCGAGAGUAAAGAAAGUAAUGAUGCAGAUCGACUGAAUUACCUUAUUCAGUAUUGUAAAGGAACAGCAAGACAAGCGAUAGAGCAUUGCAUCAUUAUGCCUCCGGAUCAAGGAUACAAGCGUGCUAAGGAAAUCCUGAGAAAAAACUUUGGUCGAAAUCACAUCGUAACCCAAGCAUUCCUUGAGAAAGUCUUGAAUGGACCGCCAAUUAGAGUAAACGAAGCCGAGAAAUUGUCGCAGCUAGCAAGAGAUAUGGAAACGUGUCUCCUUGGUUCUAUUCAGUUAGGAAAUCGGGCAAGUAUCAAUUCGAUGGACACUCUGGGAAGGGUAGUUAGCCGCCUUCCAAUGCAUCUCAAGUCAAAAUGGGCUGAUAAAGCAAGCCAUAUGUACGACAAUCACAUCACACCAGAUUUCUCUCAUUUAACUGAAUUCAUACAAUCCCGCGCAGCCGUGGCUAGUACGUACUUUGGUCAAAUGAUUACCUCGAAAAAUGAAACCCGAAAGGAUGGAACUGACAGAUUGAAGAAGAAAUCCUUCUUGUUUAGUGGGAAUAGCACAAACUUAGCAACUCACAGCCAGAGAAUAUUUGACAGUAGUGAAUCAAAGGGAAGAAAUUUAUCCUGCGUACUAUGCAAAGGCACACACCAUCUUGAACGCUGUCACAAGUUCAGGGCUCAAAAUCUUCAGCAACGACAAGACCUAGUAAAGACGCACAAAGUUUGUCAUGCUUGCUUGAGCCCAGGACAUUUCGUGAAAGACUGCAGAGGUGCCCGCAUAUGCGGUGUUGAAGGUUGUCAGAGAAGGCACCAUCCUUUGUUACACUCAUCCGAAAUAAAGGCUAAGGAUUCUAAAUCAAGUGAAAGGAGUAAUUCAAAUCCUGAACCAUCUGAAAGCGACAGCCAAUCCAAAGCACUCCCAACGUCUGGAGUUGGCGCGACAAAUUCAUCAUAUAGCAGUUGUCGUAUAGGUUUGCAAGUUAUUCCAGUUAAGGUCAGCGCACCCUAUGGUAGUCGUGUGAUAGAAACUUAUGCGUUCUUAGACAGUGGCUCCAACACAACCAUGUGCUUAACCAGUUUAGCUGAAGAUCUUGGAGCCGAUUGCUCACCCAUCGAAUUCACGUUAGCGACUGUUUCAGGCAGCCACAAAAGUAAGGGUCAACAGUUAUCUCUCGAUGUGGUUGGAGUAUCCACGGGCAAAGGUGUCAGACUAGAUAAAGUUUGGACGACCAACACUCUUCCUGUUGCUCUAGAAAGUAUUCCCACGAACACUGAUGUAAAAGGGUGGUCUCACCUUAAAGGCGUUAAUCUAACCGAUUUAGUGGAUAAGAAAGUCACUAUCCUUAUUGGAAGUGACGUUCCCGAAGCUCUUUGCCCCCUUGAAGUGCGUUCUGGGAAAAGAAAUCAACCCUACGCAAUACGGACAAUCCUCGGUUGGACGGUGAUGGGACCUCUGAAGGGAAAACCUUAUCAAGAAGCUCAGAUGAACUUCAUUCAUGUUGAUCAAGCUCUUGGGUGUAUGGAAAGGGAAGAUGGUAUGAGUUCCAUUCGUCAGCAAUUGCAAAAUCUCUACAAUUCAGAGUUUAGCGAGUCGGCUGCUGACGUUAAAGAAUGUCUGUCGGUCGAGGAUCGUCGCGCAAAGGCAAUAAUGGAUAGAACUGUCAAGCUAGAAAAUCAUCAAUAUGAAAUUGGUCUUCCUUGGAAAUACGAUGACCCACUCCUCCCGUACAAUAAGUCUAUGGCUGAAAGGAGACUUGCUUAUUUGAAGAAACGACUUGAGAGGGACCCCAUACUUCACGCAAAUUAUAAGGCAACGAUGAAGGAAUACAUCUCAAAAGGGCACGCUAAAGUAGUUCAAGUGGAUAAACAAAAUACACAGGACGAGUCACUCAAAAAACUGGUUUGGUAUCUGCCUCAUCACCCUGUGACACACCCGCAAAAACCAGAAAAGACAAGAAUCGUUUUGACUGUGCUGCGAAGUUCCACAACGCAUCCCUAA